AGCCGCUCAUCAAUAACCCCACUCUUUCCACUCGAUCCUCUUGAGCCGUUCAACGCCCCGCCUGCUUGCCUACUCAAAGCCCCACCUGCUUGCCCACUCAAACAGCUCUCCGCUCUCGACACCACACCGGCUCAACCCCUCUCAAACCUUUGA